AUGAGGAAACCCGUACCUCAGCCUGCUAGGAAAACCCCAGUUCCCAGGCCCUCUAGUGAGGAGAGAUCCGGGGAGGGCCACAACAUCCAGAAAUGUGACAUGCUGCCUGUGACACAUGGCAGAGUCUCUCCCGAAGCCAAAGAGGCAAACCCUGUUCCUAGUCAGACCGAUUACACGACUGCAGCUUCGUGUAAUGCCGUACCCUGGCAGUGAAAGAAGAUCCAAUGAAACUGCCAUUGGGCUAUUGUGGAGUUUGUAUCCAUUGGCAGUCCUUCUUCCCUUCCCUGGAAAGAACAGAAGGAAUUUGCUGACAGGUAUGGAGCAGAACUAUGUAAGUACACAGAUAGGGGCCAUUUUCAGAACACUGAAUCCCACAGGAAGAUUGGCAUUAUCCAGGGAAUGCUUGAAGAAACUACUUUAACCAAGAACCAUUCAUUCCUUCCUCCCAGGGCAGAAAAGACCCAGGACUUGCUCUCCAAGCAGUAA